AUGCCAGCUGAAUCAGCAUGUCCCAUCUCUGGAGUUGACCGGGCCCUCUCGUUGUACAUCAACUCCCGUAAUGAUACACUGAGAAUCAGAUGUACACUCUCGCGCUAUCUCACUUCCAGUACCAGGCCAGUCAACAAUGCAACACAAAACCAGCACGUCAACCACGAGUGUCCUCAAGGCAUAUCAGCUACCAGCUCCAAUCCACCCGGCUUGAAGGAUUUACGAAUGGCAUAUUUGCAUGCGCUACGAGUAAGGACUCAAGCGGAGACCAAGCACCGUGAGCUUCAAGCAUCACUGGAAGAUCUCAAAAACGACCACAUUGACGAAAAUCCCACGCUGCCGCAAUCAGAUCAUGACGACGAAUCGACACGAGGCUAUAUCACCUUGCUCCGACAACGCCGAAAACUCGCAGAACUGAACGUAGUUCAAGAAACCCUCGAGAAAGUGCUAGGUGCAAAGCCCGCCAAUCCAAAGCAAGAUCCCCGCGAUAAUAUUCAGGACACUAUCGGAGAGCAACCAGACCUCCCAGCGGAAAGACUUGAGCAAAUUGCACAGCCCGACGACAUUCAGAGUUCGAUCUUCAAAUUGAAGCAGGAGGUUUUGGAAGCAAGGAGCCGGAUGGACCGAGCGAACAUUGCAAGGAAGCAAGCCACAAACGCGAUACGAGACCAGCCGGGGCUUCCAGAACAGGUGCACGCUCUUGAGAAAGCACGGAACCAAAUCAUCGAGUGGAUGCAAUGUGAAUUGGCCAAGAUGGAGGAAGACUCGGUGUUCCUCGAAGAUACCUCGCCUAUCAAGCGAGCAGCGCAAGAGGACGCCCCUAUAGACCUCGAGUUUGCUGAAGAACGCAUUUACGCUUCUUACGAUCGAUACACCACUGCUCGUAUUGACCUAAUUGAGUCAUACGGCAGUUUAAGCGAGCCACUGUAUGAGAGUAAUAAAACCGAGACAGACCACAUAGUGAGGGACUCCGUCGACAUUGGGAAAGACACAAAGCUGGUGAGACCCGUUUCCAAGCUACUGCCUCAUCUGCCGCUUCUGGCUCGCUCUGCUCAAAACGAACGCUCGUUGCUGCAACAAGCUGUCUAUCUCCAGAGCCAGCUUGCGGCCUCAGAUCAAGAGCUGGAAGAAGCGCUGCUGCGACUGUCAGGAGAAAGUCAUCUACUCCCGGCUGGUUCGAAGGGUGCAAGCGCAUGGGGCAAGGUCGCAGCUGAGGCCGAAUAUGCGACAAGGGCGUUUGUGAAGGAACACCUGCAAGAGAGUCGUCAGGAAGUCAGCGGCAUCAGCGCGAUUGUGGACCUCUGCUCGUUGCAAAGCAAGGUCCUCGGCGUUGUCUGA